AUGCCCAGUCGCGCAAUAUCCGGCCCAGCUUCUGCUGCGACGCGAAAAACAUCUGGACAGAGUGCUACAUCGUCAAAACGGGGCUCUUCCGUGACUCCCUCUGUCGCUGUGCCUGACGAGCCCCCGCAUCCUACGACAUCAGCCCACCUUCGCGCAGAUGUAUGCGCAAUUUUUGCAGAUUCCCAACGUUCUACAACAGGCCACAGGAAGCUUGUUGUUCGCCUACGAAAAAUACAAGAGCUAUCCUGUGGUAUAGCGCUACCUAAUAAAGCAAAGAAAGACCUAGCGAAUGAGGAGAGAGUGAUUCCAUCGAGCGAUGAGACCCUCGGUGAGCAGGAAUUCAAUGUCGAGGUGAACCGUUGCAUUCUUCGCAUUUUGCCAAUCAAGAAAUCGGAGCCUGUCGGGGAUCGCAUUAUACGGUUUCUUGGUCUAUUUUUGAAUCAUGCUGGUGAGAAGGACGCCGAAAUAUUUAAUCCAGCAGAUAUCGACGAAACACAAAUGUUUCCGGAAACCCCAACUACUCGACUAACGCUAGCUAUUACGCAAAUGGUGGUACCAUUACUGGCAGGAAAAGACAAAAUAGUUAGAUACCGCGCAGCGCAGCUCCUCUCACAUCUUGUCAACUCGCUGGAUUCGAUUGAUGACGAUGUAUACCGUUUGAUCAGAACGGGGUUGUUGAAGCGCAUCCGAGAUAAAGAGGCUACGGUCAGAGUCCAGGCAGUUCUGGGUCUCGCACGACUGGUCGGAAAUGAGGGCGACGAUGAUAUGGAAGACUCAUCAGCAGCUCUAUUAGAAAAACUUAUCGACAUCAUACAAAAUGACGCGACAGCCGAUGUGCGCAAAACAUUGUUGCUCAACCUGCCAUUGACUCCGGCCACACUUCCAUAUUUGUUGGAAAGAGCUCGGGAUUUGGAUGCUGCAACUCGACGCGCACUCUAUUCUCGCCUCCUACCCACCUUGGGCGAUUUUCGCCACUUGUCUUUAUCCAUGCGUGAGAAACUUCUUCGAUGGGGCCUUCGUGACCGAGACGAAAAUGUGCGAAAAGCGACUGGAAAAUUAUUUUACGAGCGCUGGAUUGAAGAUUGUGCUGGUAAUAAGCCAUCCCAGGAAGGUGGCCCUGUGACCCAGGUAUCGGCUCCUAACCUUUCUGCGCUCCUUGAACUCUUGGAGCGUAUUGAUGCAGUCAAUUCUGGAAUGGACGGGGGCGUUGCGCAUGAGGCGAUGCGGGCUUUCUGGGAAGGCCGGCCGGAUUAUCGCGAGGAAAUCACCUUUGAUGAAGAAUUCUGGCAGGGAUUGACUGCAGAGUCCUCAUUUCUAGCUCGCAGCUUCAACGAUUUCUGUCGCGUAGAGAACGUGGGAAAAUACGACGACCUCGCAGAUGACAAGAUGCCCGAAGUUACCGCGCUUGCGUAUUUUCUUCAAAAGUACUCGUCUGCACUGCUCAUGAAGCUAAAGGAAUCUGCUGCUAGUGGCGAGAAUAACGAAGAAGAAACCAUGGAACUGGAGUUCAUAGUCGAGCAGCUUCUUCAGGUUUGUUUGACUUUGGACUAUUCGGAUGAAGUUGGUCGAAGAAAGAUGUUUGCCUUGCUUCGAGAAAAUUUGGCCAUUCCAGAGCUGCCAGAGUUAUGCACAAAACUCCAUAUCGAGGUCCUCCGAAAUGUUUGCGGUCCAGAUGCUGCAGCCGAGUCGGAAUUCUGCAGCGUGGUUCUUGAAGCUGUUGCUGAAGUGCAUGACGCAAUUGCGACUGAAGACAGCUUUGUGUCGGCACGCUCUGAACUCAGUGAUGAUGGUAGCUCAAGAGCUAGUCGUGAUCGAUCUAUGACACCUGCAACCGACGUUCCCUUUGACAAGGAGAAGGCAAAGGCAAAGGUGCUCCGAGAGAUCAUGAUCAACAUGAAAUGUCUUCAUAUCGCACAGUGUAUGCUGCAAAAUGUUGAAGGCAACCUUCAGCAGAACAUGCAUUUGGUCACAAUGUUAAACAAUCUUGUUGUUCCUGCUGUGCGAAGCCACGAGGCGCCUAUUCGUGAAAGGGGUUUAGAGUGUCUGGGUUUGUGCUGCUUGCUCGAUAAGACUCUUGCCGAAGAAAACAUGAUGCUAUUUAUCCAUUGUUUCACCAAAGGCCACGAAGCAUUGCAGGUUACAGCUUUGCACAUUCUUGCUGAUAUGCUCACCGCUCACCCUUCACUUCUGAUCCCAGUUCUGCAGCCUGAUAGUGAUAUUGUGACACCACCUCCUUUCCAGAAGACUUUGUUGAAAGUUUACGCAAAGGCAUUGAAAUCCACAUCGCCAGCUGACGUGCAAUCCGCUGCCGCAGCUGCCCUAUCUAAGCUUCUUCUCACCAACACUUUUACGCCAACUGGACCCAAUGUUCCUCCCACCAUCAAAGAGUUGAACGAGUUGUCUGUUGAGACUCUCCUACAAUCGCUCAUCGUUUCAUUUUUCCACCCCCGCACACGAGAAAUCCCUGUUCUCAGACAAGCCUUGACAUAUUUUUUCCCAGUUUAUUGUCAUUCGCGUCUUGCAAAUACGGAGAGAAUGCGCCGCGUCGCCGUUCCCGUCGUUCGAUCAGUACUCAAUGCGGCAGAAGAAUUCUUCUCAUUAGAAGCUGAAGAGGACAGCGAUGGAGACAUCGACGAAACAAUUGGCGAGCGUGAAAUCAAGUCACUGAUGACCCAAGUCACAGGUAUGCUUGUGGAAUGGACAGAUGAGCGACGUGUAGUAGGACUCGGCGGCGAAAACGUGCUUGCAGGCGCGGCUGCCAGCUCGAGUGCCCAUGGAUAUGUUCACCUUGCCUUGGUCAGGGAUAUCCUUGAGCGCACCCUUGGGGUGAGCAAAAGUACCAACAAGUGCUCCAAAGAGGAGAGAAAACUCCUCAUGUCCAUGCUCAGCAAAGUAUACAUCGCUCCACCCACCGCCACACCUACAUCACGUGCCGGCUCUCGAGCACCCGAUACGACCAGUGAAGACGCCUUCCGCUCCAGCAACCGCAGCACGCGCGAUGAGAUUGACCCUGAGAACGUUGCUCUGGCCGAACAAGUCAAAGAACUUCUCAAUGAAGCUCUUGAAGACGGAGCCCCCGACGCCGCCAGCCGCAACGCUCUAGUCAAAGUCAAGAACACGAUCUUAAAAGUCCUUGCCUUUGCCGCUCAACAAGCUGCUAGCAAGGAGGCUACGGAGGCUACCGGACGCAGCACAAGAGCUAGCACCGUCGACACCUCGUUCUCCGACGCCGCUGAAUCCCGACAAGCCUCAGUCGAACCUCAAACCACGAGUGGCCGCGCUGGUACUGAAGUUGCCGUUGACGAAACGAUCAUGGAGGUUGACGAAGAGGAUGAGGACGAUAAUGACGAUAGCCGGGGAACGGUCAUCAAGAAUGAGAUGGCUAGUGAAGAGCCGGAUGAGUGA